AGUGUUGAGGUUGCUUUUCGAAACAGCGAAGACGGAAAGUAUUUGAGGUCAUGGGGAACUCAGAGAGCGUUUGGUGGAUUGUAGUGGAGUGUGCCUGCAGGAUCUUUGGUGUUUCCACAGCAACAGUGUUGUGCGCUGUGGGAGUGGAGACCCUACAUCAGGGAGAAUUCAACAGCCUCGGCAUCUACCUAGUAGUGUCGUCUGUUGGCAUUAUGAUGUUUGAACUAGCCUUUUUCCUGGACACCCUUCUGUUCAUGUGUCUGCCCUGUCCUCCAGACUGGCAGCUGUUUGUGCUGUGGGGUAAGAUGGCUCGCAUUGGAGGCUUCCAUAAGUUCCUCUAUUACUCCAUAAUGUCAGUCGUCUGCUUCUUGCACCCUGUGUUGGUGUGGCAUGCAAUUAUCCCAGGGACCAUGCUUCUAGUGACAGCCUUUUUUAACUUCAUACUAAGCAAGAAGAAAACAAAGAUCAAAUCUCCCAAAAGGCCACAGGAGAGCCACAGCGACCAGGGUCCAACCACUGUCUGUGUGACAGAAGGGGCUGCCUCCAAUAGCACUGUUUCAUUCUUCCACACGGUGACAGGAAAGAGAGGAGGGGGACUGGCUCUCCCAACCAGAGACCGCUGCCUCAGCCCGGGAGACAGAGAAGAGAGCGGGCAGGCCAUGCUGGAGCUGGAGCAGACAGCAGCACCUAAAGGCACAGACAGAGAGAGGAGGAGGUGGAAGGAGAGGAUACACUUGAGAGGUAGGGAGGAGCCAGUGGAGAGAGAGAUGGAGGAGAUGGACGGGUACUGUGAGCCAGAGCCAGACACCACCUCAGACACUGCGCCUAUGAUUACUGACUGAAUGUCUCCCUGCGCUCAGAGUGAGCUCCUUACUGAUAUCACACAAAGGAAAGCAUGUGUAAUGUAUUCAUACUGACUGAAUGCAACUUGCUGAUGCUACACUGGGGAAGACGCUCAACUGAAAAUGCGGAAAGUGCAUCCAAAAUAAGACUUUUGAGCAUUUUUGAGUGUUCAGUUACAAUGGACUGUAUAUUUUUGCAAUUACAAAACAAAAAUACAAAUAUUAUUUGAGUUUUUUUAUUCAAUCUUUUACUGAUUUUUAUACUUUUUACUUCAAAAAGAUCAAUUUGUGCAAAAUGAAAAGUAUUUUUAACAACAAUUUGAGCUCCAGAUGUAUAAAAUCAAAUAAAUUAAACCAUUUGUACCUACAGCA